AUGGAUAAUACUUUAUUACCAUUUUAUAAUGUCCAUAUUGAUGAUAAACCUAGUAUCAGAACUGUAUAUAUCUCCAACUUAUUUUUUAGUCUUAUUAUUGUAUUAAUCUUACUACAAAGUAAUGACAUUGAACAAAAUCCUGGACCAAACUCAUCAAGAUAUAGCUAUCAAAAUAUUCAAAUAGCUGGUAUUAAUGUUAAUUCCUUACGUUAUAAAACUGAUUUAAUUCAUUCAGAACUAGGUGAAUGUGAUGUGAUUUGUGUAUCUGAAACAAAACUGAAAGCAAAUGUUGGAAGCACUGAUUUGGUAAUGCCAAAUUUUCAUAAUCCUGACUUAUUCAGAAAAGACAGGUUAACUGACGGUGGAGGAGGAAUUUUGAUCUAUGUAAGAGACAGUCUCCAUUGUAAACGCCGUAGUGACUUAGAAAUAGCUGAAUUAGAAUCAGUUUGUGUUGAAAUUACAACAAAAACUGGUAGAUUCUUAGUUGUAUGUUUUUAUAGACCUCCAAAUGCACCAGUCACAUCACUUGACCAUUUUGAAAAUUUAUUAGAUAAUGUAAUAGAUACUGAUAAAAAUGUAAUAUUGCUUGGUGAUUUAAACAUUGACUUACUAAAAGCAAGUCCAACUAGUAGGAUAUCAAGAAUCUGUGAAAGAUAUGGCAUAGAAAAUGUUGUUAAGGAACCUACUCGAAUAACCUCCUCAACUGCAACACUCUUAGACCCUAUAUAUAUGAAUAAUCUUAGUUUACUAAGAAAUAGUAUGGUACUACCAAGUUUUUGUAGCGACCACUCUCCAACACUUAUUGAGAUUAAUUUUUCCUCUGCUAGACAAAAAGCUUAUUCAAAAGUAGUUUAUGACUAUGAGAGUGGUGACUAUGCAUCAGCAAACAUGUAUUUACAAAGAAUAAACUGGUGUGAAUGCUUUAAAAAUGUUCAUGACAUUAAUAAGAUAAAUGGUCUAAUUAACCAAGAAGUUCAUCAUGUCAUGGACACAUAUAUUCCCCAAAAAAAAGUAUUGGUGAGACCCAGGGACAAACCUUGGAUCACAACCAGUAUUAAAGUUAAAAUGCGAAAGCGUAACCGUGCUUACAAAAAAGCUAAAUCAAGAAAUUUAAUUUCAGACUGGAAAAAAUUUAAAGAACUUAGAAAUGAAGUGAUUGAUCUAGUAAGAGAAGCUAAACGUCAGUACCUGAUUAACUUGCAUAAUUCCCUAGUCGGUAAAUCAAUCCCACCAGGGAAGUGGUGGAGAAUAGCUAAGAGUGUUUGCAAAUUUAAAAAUAAAGAGAGUCAAAAUUCUCCCAUUAAGGUAAAUGGAGAGAUUCUUAUUCACCCCAUUGAGAAAGCAACAGCCAUAAAUGAUUAUUUUUGCUCAAUAUCUAGAUUUGACACAGAACCUCAAUUGCCUAAUGUCCCACCUUUGGCACCAUAUGAGCUGUCUGACAUAGUGAUUACAGAGCAGGAUGUAAUUGACCAUUUCCAAAUUUUAAAUAUUAACAAACCAGCUGGACCUGACAAGCUACCUCCAAAAUUUCUUAAGGCAAUUUUCCCAUCACUGGUUACACCCCUAACAUUCAUAUUUAAUAAAAGCUUACAAUCAGGAACAGUUCCCAGUGAUUGGAGAUUGGCAAAUGUAUCAGCUAUCUACAAGGGUAAAGGAGAUCAGGACAAACUACAGACCUAUCUCGGUUACUAA